UUUUUUUUGGCGGCCGGUGUCCAGCGCGCGCCAUUCCCGGUGUCCCGUCCCCCCCGUUCCCGGAUGGGCGCCGGGGAUGCUCCAGCGCUGGGGGGGCUCCGGGAGGCUCCCGGGAAAGUUUUGGGAGCGCGGGGAAAGCGCCGGGAAGCGGCUCCGGCUGGAUCCGGAGCCUGAGGAUCUCCGGGAAGAGGCGGAUGCGGGAAAAGGGGCCAUGAGAGGACACGACCCGGCGGGAGGCGAGCGCGAGGAGAUGGCGAUGGUGGAUUCCACCUCCAGCCGCGGAUCCGGGGGAAGGGCCCGGAGCAGCUGCCGGAGGAGGCUGUCGCUGUCCCCGUCCCCGUCCCCGUCCCUGCGGAGCGCCCUGCGCGGACUCUACGCCCUGGCCCUGCUCCUGUCGCUCGCCGUGGCCGUGCUGGGAGCGCUGGCGUUCCGGAGGGUGGAUUCCAUCUCCAGCCGGAUCAGCUCGGCCCAGACCUUCUACGAGGAGAAGCUUCUCUCCAUCCAGGAGGAUCUCCAGGGCUUGGGAGAGAAGAGCUCCGGGAACGUCUCCGUGUGCCAGGACAGGGAGCAGCUGGGCCGGGAGCUCUCCCAGCUGCGGGCGGAGCUGGAGCAGCUCCAGCGGACGCUGCAGGGGCAGGAGGCGCAGCUGGAGCGAACCUCCCGGCGCCAUUCCCGGCUCUCGGCGGCGGGCGCGGGGCUCGGGGCGCGGCUGGAGAGCAGCGCGGGCUCGGUGCGGGGGCUGGCGCGGGGCGCGGAGCGGCUGCUGGCCCGGGCCGGGCGGUGCCGGGACGAGGCGUCCCGGCUGGACGCGGAGGUGCGGGGGCUGUCCCGGGACGGCUCCGGGCUGGAAGUGGCGCUGGAGCGGCUGAAUUCCAGCGCGGAGCGGGGCCGGGAGAGGCUGCGGGAGCUGCGGGGCGAGCGGCGGCGGGAGCUGGGGGAGCUGCGGGACGGGCGGGAGCGCGCCCGGGAGCUGCUCGGGAGCGCGCAGGGCGCGGCGGGGGCGGCGGCGCGCAGGGAGGGCGGGAAUUCCCGCGGGCUGCAGGAGCUGGCGAUGCGCGCCGCCGAGCUGCAGGAGCGCCUGGACAGCGCCAGCGCCGAGCUGGAGGAGCAGCGGGACAACCUCGGAGACGCCCGGUACCACGGGGGCCACGCCCAGAACCGCACGGCCGACGGGUUCCGGGCGCUGGAGGGGCUCCUGGAAUCCCACGGGGAGGAGAUCGGGACCAUCUCGGCCAACCUGGCGGCCACGGGCGGGCACGUGCUGGCCAUGCUGCGCUACCUGGGCUCCGUGCGGGAAUCCUGCGCCCGCCGCCUGCGCGCCCACGCCCGCGACAUCCUGCGGCUCAACGGGUCCCUGGCGGCGCUCCAGGGGUCCGCCGGGAUCCUGCGGGAGCGCUUCGGGAUCCUCGGGGCCCGCCUGGACGUCGGGGUCCGGAACCUGUCCCUGCUGCUCGAGGAGAUGAGGGCGGUGGACGCGCGGCACGGGGACGCGCUGCGGGACAUCACCCUGCUCCGAGGCAUUCCGGGUCUCCCAGGCCCCCGUGGCCUCAAGGGGGACGUUGGAUCCAGCGGCCCCCCGGGAAUGGGGGGACAGAAGGGUGACAUCGGGAUCCUGGGAUCGCCGGGACCCCCCGGAGCUCUGGGACCCCCAGGACCCGCCGGCCCCCAGGGGGAACGGGGACCUCUGGGAACGAGAGGAUUCCCGGGGCUCAAGGGCUCCAAGGGCAGCUUUGGACUCUCGGGAUCCCGGGGCCAGGGCGGGUCCGAGGGGGAUCCCGGACCCCCGGGGCCGGAGGGGGAACCGGGAAAGGCGGGACCCCCCGGCCCACAGGGAACACCGGGAAUGCCUGGGACCCCCGGGGCCACGGGACGGGCAGGGCCCGAGGGACCCAAGGGAGAGCCCGGCAUGAGGGGACCCCCGGGACCACCGGGACCACCCGGACCCCCGGGACAGUGACUGGGACAGGGGGGCCCCA